CCGUCAACUUGCACAUUAUAUAAGCGGUGGAAAUCGUGUUUAAUUGUUCAUACGCUCGUUGCCAACCCGUGCUUAUUGCUACUUCUAUCGCGUUCAGAUUGCAACAUUUUUUCCACGCAUCAGCUGAAGGAUUUACAGAAUAUCAUCAUGAUCGCCAUAAAUCGUGUACGCAUCUUGCUUUUAUGGUCUAUGGUACCGCGUUUACUGCCGAGCAUGCUGUGCGAAGACCACGGUAAAAGUUUCACAGCCGCAUUGGACGAGGGUGAAGAAUGCGCGCGCUCACCAGACCUGUGGCCGUGUCUAAAGAAGGGUACCACCGGAGUGCUCAGUGCACUGGUCAGUUAUCAAGACGAAAUACCGUUGAUGGGCAAGUACCUGUCUUUAGUACCAGACCAGUGCCAUGUGCAGGAAAGAGGACGUCAGGACGACACGUCGUCACCGCAAUCGUCACCUUCGUCGCAUUCGGUGUACUCCAAGUUUUUGGAGUUUGCGAACGGUCGACUAUUGCGGGUAUCGCUGCCUGUAAGCUUCUUCACGUGGCUAGUGGGUGUGACGUCCAGAACACCUGAGCAGGAGGGACGAGGCAAGAAGGACAAAGGUGCCGGCAUGCUGAUACUCGGUGGCAUGAUGUUGAUCACCACGCUCAUGUCCACCGCGUUCGGUGCACUGGCCCUGAUGGCCGCCAAGGGUCUCUUCACCAGUGUAUUUGCGCUAAUGAUGUCGGCCAUGGCCAUAUCCAAGAAGUCGGGAAGCUAUGGCCACGCCAGGACCAGAUACGAGGUUAUAAAUGCUCCUCAAGGAUACCAACAGGAAAUUUCGGGGUACAAUAUGGAUACUGAUGCAGUCGUUUCGGAGGUUAGUAAUAAUCCGGCUCAUUAUCAUGCCACCCAAACGGAACCCAUUGAAUACGGCUCGUAGAUUAAAAUAUUUAUUAUGCGGUCCACCGCUUAGUCUCGUUAUAAGAAUCUAUUUGUUUAAAUUAUUUAGAAUAAUUGUUUAUAUACGUAAUAACAAUGUGCAUAGGUAAAUUACGGUUUUCGGGUUCGUAAAUAAGUAUUUGUAAUAAAAUGUUUUU